AUGUCCUCACCACCAGAUAUAGACCCAUAUGCAGUGCUUGGUGUUGCCAAGGAUGCCACCAUCCCUGAAAUCAGGGCCGCCCACCGAAAGCGGGUUCUCAAGUGCCAUCCUGACAAGAUCCAAGAUGAGUCGCAGCGGAUUGCUGCCCAAGAUGAAUUCCAGAAAGUCCAACAAGCCUAUGAACUUCUCUCGGACGAUGUCCGACGGACUAAACAUGACCAAAAAGUCAAGAUAGCCGAGUUGAAACGUGAACUGCUGGAACGCAGACGAACGGACGCUAUGUACAACUCUUCGCGAGGGAGUGGACCCGGCAAUCGCGAAUUCCGCAAUGGCCACAUCGUGGAGGAGAGGGUCCCGAUGGAAGUCUUCUUUGAAGAAAUGCGAUUCACGGACGAACCACGCUCCAUGUCUCGCAAAUUCGAAGAUUUUGGCGUGCGUUCAAAGACGAAACCGACAGAGGAGAAGAAGAAGUCUCGAACACCGAUGAGCACAUAUCACCAAGCGAAGGAACAGCGGGAGACGACCAAGGCGACACAUUCCGACCGUGCGAAGACGCGUGAUCAGGAGCGACGACGACAACGACAGUCCGAGGCAAAGUACGAAACUACCUUUGAAUCCUAUGCAGAAUCCGAGGAGGACGCAUCUGAUUCUAGUGUUCCCCGCUAUGUUCCCACGAAACGAACUUCAACAACACCCCGCCGAGAGCGCGAUUCGCGACCCCGACCAUCGGACUCCUCUCGUCGCCGUGAACGUCGCUACGACGAGGAUGGCGAUGUGUCCGAUCACUGGCAAUCCAAGAUCGAUAGUCAGUACUUCAAUGCAGAGGACUAUAUCGCAUCCAAAGCCCGGAGUUCCAAGUCCCCACGACGGUACCAUGGUCACGACUCGGCGGAACCAGAGUCUUCCGGUUCGCGAUCCGCGGGACGGUCCACCCGCACCCGCCAUCGUUCUUCGUCGCGCGACAAUUCCUACGAGCAUCUGGAGUCGCCCCGAACCUACGAGGUCAAGCCACCCAAGAUGCAACCCUCCGCAACCACCCCGGGUAUCAAGGCGUCUCUCCGCCCUUCGUUCCUCAACACCCGCUCCGCAACCACUGCUGGCUUCACCCGCCCAAAGCGGGAGAGCCGGGACUCAACACUCUACGAAAUGGCUCACGAGCCACUACCAUCGCGAACUUCUAAAAUGCGCGAUCGCAACGACUCGGGUUAUUCCAGUCCCAGUACCCCUGAAAUGCUCCCGAGAGGCGCUUCUCCCAAGACCGCAACCCGCUACAAGAUCGUCCAGGAAGCAGACCACGUUGUCGUGGAACCGAAAUCAUCAUCAAAGUACCGCCCAGCGAGAUCCCCCGACCGGGAUCGCAUACCCUCUACACGACAGACACCCAAGCGAAGCAGUACCUAUCAAACCUACACCACAGAAGCCUCGCCUCGGGUUGAGACCCGAUCUGCGCGCCCUUCUUCUCGCCCUCAUCCGGACGUCGAAUACAUCGCCCGCCCGAAGGAAAAGGACGUUAAGUACGGCCGGGCAUACAAGCCAGACGAUGUCAGUUACUCGCCGAGACGCGCCCAUUACUACGACGAGGAGUAUCGUCCUCCUGCUGUGGGGAGACGACAGUCUGCUUAUUAA